AUGAUUCUUGACUUGCUGUGCGACGCAUUCGAACAAGCAAAACUCCCAAAGAUAGCGUAUGAAACUAGAAAGACUAUAAGAAAGCUGGGUAUUGAAUACACCAAGAUAGAUGCUUGUCCAAAUGACUGUAUGCUGUACCGAGGUGAUGAUGAGAACCUAACUAGGUGCAAGAAAUGUGGAUAUUCAAGAUGGAAGCAGAAGACUAAAAAGGGAUCUAUUAUUAGGCUCAACGUACCAGUAAAGAGAAAAGGAAAACCUAUAGCAGCCAAGAGUCUUCGUUACUUUCCCCUCAUACCACGACUACAGCGGUUAUUCAUGUGCAGCAAGACAUCGAGUGAUAUGUUAUGGUAUAAACAGGCGUCUAAUAACGAUGGUUUCCUUAGGCAUCCAAGGAACGCUGAAGCAUGGAAAAAGUUUGAUGCAAAGUAUACUAAUUUUUCCGCGGAUCCGCGCAAUGUUCGCCUAGCCUUGGCGAGCGAUGGAUUUAAUCCAUUUGGGAAUAUGAGCACAAAGUACUCCAUCUGGCCUGUGAUUCUUAUUCCGUAUAAUCUACCACCCUGGAUUUGCAUGAAGCAGACAUCUUUCAUUCUAUCCACGCUUAUUCCUGGGCCGAAAAUGUCGGGUAACGACAUAGAUGUUUAUUUGCAGCCUUUGAUAGAUGAGUUGAAUCAAUUAUGGGAUGGGAUUGAAACCUAUGAUGCCAAAGAGGGAAACACUUUCAAGAUGUGUGCGGCACUAAUGUGGACUAUCAGUGACUUUCCAGGAUUGGGAAACCUAUCCGGCUGGAAUACGCACAGUGGGUUAGCUUGUCCUACGUGUAACUUAGAUGCUAAGCCACAUCGGCUGAAAGACAGUCAAAAAUGGUGUUUCAUGGGCCAUCGACGCUUUUUAAACCAGGGACACAAAUACAGACUAGACCGGAAUAGAUUUGAUGGGCAGGUUGAAGGUAGAGAUCCGCCAAAGAAGUUAUCCGGAACUGAUGUAUUGAGGCAGCAGUCUAAUGUGCACGUUUCAUUUGGGAAGAGUUCAAGUGUGACAUCUAAAAAAAGACGCAAUGGCCAGGAUGCGGAUGAAGAUGAUUUACAUUGGAAGAAGAAGAGUGUUUUCUUUGACCUCCCGUACUGGAAGGAUCAGAUGUUGCGUCAUAACCUCGACGUGAUGCAUAUAGAGAAAAACGUGUGUGACAAUGUGGUAUUCACUAUCUUAAACGAUAGCAGCAAAUCAAAGGACAAUCUAAAAGCUCGCAGAGAUUUACAAUGCAUGGGUAUAAGGCCUGAAUUAUGGCCGGGGGAAGGUGGUAAAUAUCCUUCUGCAAUAUUUGCGAUGUCGAAUUCACAGAGGGAUGUUUUCCUGAAGACUUUGCAGAAUGUGAUAUUUCCAGAUGGUUACUCUAGCAACGUUGCUCGUUGUGUUGAUUUGCGACAGCGCAAGUUAUUUGGGUUGAAAAGUCAUGACUGUCAUAUUCUGAUGGAACAAUUACUCCCAAUUUUGGUGAAGUUUUCACUUCCAAGUCCGGUGUCCAAUGUGAUUGCAAAUUUGUCGUCAUUUUUCUGA